UGACGCGUGGGAUUAAUCUCACGAAAAUUGCAGAAAAAAUGAACGGAUGCUCUGGGGCCGAAUUGAAGGGUGUAUGUACUGAGGCGGGUAUGUACGCACUACGAGAGCGGCGAGUCCAUGUCACCCAAGAGGACUUUGACCUCGCCACAGCCAAGAUUCUCAACAAGCAUGAUGACAAGGAAGUGGCGGUCUCUAAGUUGUUCAAGUAGUUUUCAAAGAAAAAGAAUCGGAAGGCAAGCAAUCUACGACUUUUAACAAUACCAAUACUACCUACCUACUAUUAUUCCCUUAAUUUAGCAUAGCCGUACAUACGGGGUACAAUCACUGGUCCACAGUCUGCUGCUAAGAGGAUCCCGACAGCCUUCCGUGAUUAUAGAGACGCGGCGCUGGUUACACGCCGACAAAACCUCCCUCAGGCGAAGUCUGAUUUGGAUUUCUCUUCGGUAAGUACAGAUAAUAAGUAGACCAACAAGUGCACGAUG